AUGUCCACCUCGUCGGGCGUGCCCGAGUCGUGGAUCUCCAGCUUCUGCUCCCUGCUCGGCCACGAGUACUUUGCAGAGGUCUCGGAAGAGUUUAUCGAGGAUGACUUUAACCUGACGGGUCUGCAGACCCAGGUUGCCAUGUACAAGGAGGCAUUAGAGAUGAUCCUAGAUGUUGAACCAGAAGACGACGACGAAGAAGACGAGGAAGAGGAGGAAGAAGACGACAACGAGUCCGGCCUCGGCGACGGCCAGGAGCGCCUGGGUAGAGCCGGCGAACGGAGGCACCACAGUAGAAUGGCCAGCGAUCUCUCCGUCAUCGAGUCAUCGGCCGAGAUGCUCUACGGCCUCAUCCAUCAGCGCUUCAUCUGCUCUCGCGCCGGCAUCCAACAAAUGAGCGAAAAGUACGAGCUCGGCCACUUUGGCUGCUGCCCUAGGACAAACUGCGAGCAGUCCCGCACUCUGCCCGUCGGCCUCUCCGACAUCCCUGGCGAGGAUACCGUCAAACUCUUUUGUCCCUCCUGUCUAGACGUCUAUGUCCCGCCCAACAGCCGCUUCCAAACCGUCGACGGCGCCUUCUUCGGCCGCACCUUUGGCGCCCUCUUCCUCUUGACCUUCCCCGAAUACGACCUCUCCAAGCGUGGCAUCGAGGUUCUUACUAACAACAACACCCGUGUCUCCGACUUAGAGGGUCUCGUCAACGGGAUGUAUGCUAAGAACAUCGCCCCGGGCCUCGGCCCCGGCCGCAUAUAUGAACCUCGCAUCUACGGCUUCCGUGUCUCCGAGCGCGCUCGAUCAGGCCCCCGGAUGCAGUGGCUCCGUGGCCGUCCUACAAACAUCAGCGAGCUAGACGAGGCCCGCCUCUAUGCCGAGCAGAACCCAGAGUCAGAGGAAGACGACGAGAGCAUGACCGCUAACGGCCGUGCCGGCUCUCGGCGCCGUCCGCCAGGCAAUGCCCGCCUGCGCCAGCGGCAGCACCAGAACGGCAGCCCCAUGGCGUUGUCGACCAACGGCGCCGAGUCCGAGCUGUAG